GUGCGCGUGCUGUUCUCUGCCAUCUGCGAGCAUCGGAUUUGCGACCGGUGUCUGCCGCAGGCGCUACGAACAAGGAACUGCCCGGGAUGUGGCAUCGCUGUGAGGCAUGAAGACUUUUCAGAGAUGCCUCGCGACUGCCGCGAGGUGGAUCGCGAGCUGAAGGUCCGUCGUCAAGUCCGAGACAUUUAUUGCAAAACCGAGCAAGACUUUCCAUCUGGACAUGCCUGGGACGAGUAUUUGGUGCUUCGGGAGGACAUCAUCUACAAGCUUCUGCAUGGAUCCAAAGAAGAGGUUCAUGAAACUUGGCGUCAAAUUGAGCGCUACAAGGUGCAACAUGCUGAAAGCAUCAGGCAGGUUCAGCGCAUGCGACCGAAGAAGGCCUUGGAAAAGGUUGCCGCGGUCAUCAAAACUGAAGGUGACUUUGCUAGCCGAGUCAACGCAGACUGGCUUGACCGGAUGGAACUGGCCUCCCAUCCCUUCCAGGAGCACUACGAGAUUCUUCUCGGUGAGCUGCCCCGCAGCCCAGAUGCAAGCUUAGCCCGUGCUACAGCCACUGCUUCACCACUCACACCGCAGCCGCUGAUGGCUGGCACGAGAGGGGCCGUUGAGGACGCGGCGCGUCGGUGCAGUGGUGGUGGUCAGCUAUCUGGCCUCAGUGAGAAGAAGGCGAAACACUUCUUCUUUGCUGAUUUGGCCACCAGUGUGAGACGCUCAGCGGUUGAAAGUCACUGA